UGGCAUGAUGCGCUCAAAGCAGUGGCCAGAUUGCCGACAGGCAUACCGAAAGAAUGGCGGAGAAAGGUUUGGCUGACCCUAGCUGAUCAGUACUUACACAGUAUAGCCAUUGACUGGGAUAAAACCAUGCGUUUCACAUUCAAUGAAAGAAGUAAUCCUGAUGAUGACUCUAUGGGCAUCCAGAUAGUAAAGGACCUUCACCGAACUGGUUGCAGUUCUUACUGUGGCCAGGAGGCAGAGCAAGAUCGAGUGGUAUUAAAACGUGUUUUGCUGGCUUAUGCCAGGUGGAAUAAAUCUGUUGGCUAUUGUCAAGGAUUUAACAUAUUAGCUGCACUUAUUCUGGAAGUAAUGGAGGGCAAUGAAGGGGAUGCCCUGAAAAUCAUGAUUUACCUAAUUGAUAAGGUGCUUCCUGAUAGCUAUUUUGUCAAUAAUCUCCGUGCUCUCUCUGUGGAUAUGGCUGUUUUCCGAGAUCUUUUACGAAUGAAGCUUCCUGAACUGUCCCAGCACUUAGACACCCUGCAAAGAGCUGCUAACAGAGAAAGUGGAGGAGGCUACGAACCCCCACUUACAAAUGUCUUCACAAUGCAGUGGUUUCUGACCCUCUUUGCCACUUGCCUGCCUAACCAUACAGUUCUGAAGAUCUGGGAUUCGGUAUUCUUUGAAGGCUCUGAAAUUAUACUGAGAGUAGCUUUGGCUAUCUGGGCAAAGUUAGGAGAGCAAAUAGAAUGUUGUGAAACUGCAGAUGAGUUUUACAGUACCAUGGGCAAGCUGACCCAGGAGAUGCUGGAAGACAGUCUGAUUGACAGCAACGAACUCAUGCAGACUGUUUAUACCAUGGCUCAGUUUCCCUUCCCACAACUGGCAGAAUUAAGGGAGAAAUACACGUACAACAUUACUCCUUUCCCUGCAGCAGUAAAAUCAACUUCACUUUCAGGAAGGCUAGGCAGAACCAGAGACAGUGAUGAGGAGAAUGACCUAGAUGAUGAAGACUCAAUUGCCAAUGCAAUUGGCUGUCUUGGACCAUUAAGUGGGUUUUUGGCACCAGAGCUCCAAAAAUACCAAAAACAGAUGAAAGAUCAGAAUGAAGAACAAAGUCUGGGUUCCAGUAACAUUGCAGAAUUAAGUCCAGGAGCAAUAGACUCUUGCCGAAGCGAGUAUCAUGCUGCUUUUAACAGCAUGAUGAUGGAGCGUAUGACCACUGAUAUUAAUGCACUGAAAAAGCAAUAUUCCAGGAUAAAGAAGAAGCAGCAACAGCAGGUUCACCAUGUGUAUAUCAGAGCAGGGAAGAAGAUGAAACUGAAUAACAGGUCUCUCAAAAAUGCUAUUAUUCACAUCCCAAGUCAUGCUACAGGGAAGAUGUCUCCCAUUCCCCAAGAAGAUCUUAAAACAAAACUGAACUCUCCGUGGCGCACUCACAUACGAGUUCAUCGAAAGAAUAUUGCUAGGGCCAAAGGCCAGCUGGGCUAUGGGGAUACCAUAGGACUAAUAGAUGAGCAGAGCGAGAGCUGUAAAACAAAUAGUCCUGGUGCAAAGGAGGAGACUUCCAAACAUUCUGACUCUGGAGAAAGAGAAGGAGGUGGUUUGGAUGACAGGACUACUCGAAAAGCUGACGGGCAGUCGUCUGAGCCAGUCUCUACGGACAGCAGUACAAACAUGUCAGUGGUUCAGCUAAAACUGGAAGCACUGGAACUCACCUCAGAUAACAAAACCGAUGCUGAGUCAACAUCCCAUCAGUCUGGCCAGCCACGUUUAUCAGAGUCCUCCAGUGCAUCCAGCGACAGUGGGAACCUGGCUAAAUCUCCCCAGCCUGGGAAUCCAAAGCCGCAAGUCUUCAAUCCUUUUCCCAGCGUCAAGCCUCUUCGAAAGUCAGCUACAGCCAGGAAUUUAGGGCUGUAUGGCCCCACUGAAAGAACGCCAACUGUACACUUCCCACAAAUGAGCAGAAGUUUCAAUAAGUCCGCCAGUGGCAACAGUGGGACCAGGAAACGAUGAUGUACUACCUGGCACUUUCUAUUUCUGACAGUAACAAAAAAUUUGUAUUGCCCUUUUUUUUUUUUUAAUGUGUAUGUGUGUCCCAAAGCGUUUCUAAUCUUUAAUUAAGUAAUGAGGACAAAAAUGGUUACCAGGUGUAUAAAUAUGUGUCUUUGAAAAUUGUGCUCCCGUGUUGUUAUGGGAUAGAUUAGUGAAGAUGCACUCUGGCACCCUAUUGUCAAUUCUGAUGGUUCGGUGGUAAAAUAAAUAUUGAUUUGCAGCGUGAAGCAUACCAUUUCUUUAAAUCUAACUCAGACAUAAAACCACUGGCUGCCUUUAACCCCCCAGCACCCCAUGGCUACCUCCUGUCUCUUUCAAAGCUCAGAGGACAAAUUGUCUGGUGCAGCAGACAUGUAUAACAGUUUUUAUGACUGUUACGCAGCUUCCCCAUUAGACCUCAUCAUCAUGCUCUGAGUAGCCGGAGAAGCCAUGACUAACAGAAGCACAAGCAGCCCUAGCAAUCAAAAGUAUCACUUUGUGUCCGACAUUACCGCUUACCUACGGGGCCAUCUGGCUUCAGACAUUCUUGAGCAGCAUUUUGUGCUUCUCUUCCCACAGCAGUCCUCUGCGGAUACUGUUUUUAAUAUAAAUGUAAUCAAUGAGCAUGAGAAUAGCAGGCAUAAGUCCAUCCACAACACUGGUUUGCUCCUUUUCUGUUACAUAUGUACAUACAUCCAUUUCUGUUACUGCUGGAGAGUUGCAGCACUGCAAAAUUAGGAAUUAGGUACAACUAUAUGCGUAGUUGUAUGAAUAUUAUGGCACAUCAUGGCUUCAGUGGAUUUAAAAGCUAUUAUCUAGAUUACAGACUUGUAAUUAAAUCAUAUUUGCCAGCUUAGCAGUAGGUAAAAUAUAUGAAUGUUCCAAAGUAGUUUAGGGUUUUAAAUUCUAUAAAUAGAGCGAUUAGAUACUUCGGGU